AGAACGUAGAAUACACGUUUUGUGAAGGCCCGCUUUAUAGAAAAGGUCCAAGUGAAUGUAAUUGUCUUUGCAUUUGUAUGAAUUGUGAUAACAGCCCCUUUUUCUUGUAACGUCAGUUCUUCUACGAAGGUGAUUUCUUAGAGAGAGAGAAGAGAAAUGGGAAGGCUGUUUGUGAUCACUCUCGAGGGGAGGAUCUACAGUUGUAAGCAUUGCAAAACCCAUCUUGCUCUCGGCGAAGACAUCGUUUCCAAGUCUUUCCACUGCAAGCAUGGGAAGGCUUAUCUCUUCAAUAAGGUGUAAGUUGUUCUGUAAUUUGGGCACCCUUGCAUUAUCUCUGACCAGUGGAACUUGAUUAAUUAGUUCACACCUAUAGCCGAAAAAGUUUCUUUCUCCUUUGUUUGCACCAAGGGAACAAUUAUUUUUGUUGUUUCUUUUAAAUAUUUCAAUUUUAUUUUGGGUAUUUACACAUUAUUGUUUACCAUGUAACAAAAGAAAUGGCCAUUGAUUGCCUGUUAGCAUCAGUCUUUCGGUCACAUUUUCCAUCUGUUAUAAUAGUAGUAAAUCUGCAUAGAACGGGAGAGCGGAAUAUGAUUCAGGAAUUGCACGUCAUCAAAAUUGAGCAAGCUUACUAAAUGCAGAUGAGGAUUUAUAAAGGUCUCUUUGUCUUCAUUGCCAUAUCAUACAUAUACUUCUGAUGCACCUAUUUUCUAUGCACGCUUUCUUUUUUGACAGAGCUAAUGUCACUGUUGGGGCGAAAGAAGAGAGAAUGAUGACGACUGGAUUGCAUUCUGUUGUUGACCUCUUCUGCGUUGGGUGUGGGUCAAUAGUGGGAUGGAAAUAUGAGAUUGCCCACGAAAAGUCCCAGAAGUACAAGGAAGGGAAAUCUGUCCUCGAGAGGUACAAGAUUUCAGGACCUGAUGGAAGCAGCUACUGGGCCGGACAUGAAGCACAUGUUGGUGGAAGUGAUGCUGAUGAUGCUUAAUUGCAACUUAACUGGGGAAUAAAAAAGGUGCUUAAUUAUCUUCCAUUUCAAUGUGUAAAUAUGUUAAAACCCGAAGCGCGGCCCGGUGUCCAUUCAACUGGGGGAUUAGUGAACUUAUAAUAUCUCCUUAGGGGCGGCUUUGCUCAGGCUGCCUUAAUAGGAUGUAUCAAAGUCUGUGAUCAUUGUGAUUAAGCUGACAUCUAUCUGUAUAUAUGUUUGCUGCAAUUUCAAGUGUUAUGAACUUGCUUUGGUGUUAAAGAGUCUCUCAAUUGAGGUAGCUAUAGAAUGUGAUG